CCCACCAAGAAGACCAAGACCAGGAAGCUCCGAGGGCACGUCAGCCACGGACAUGGUCGUAUCGGUGAGUUGAGCAUAGUCAGCAUUGGUGAUACUUGUGUGUUUUAGCGUAAGCUAUUACAAGAUGUGACCUGUCGUUUCUCUUCCUAGGCAAGCACAGGAAGCAUCCUGGAGGUCGUGGUAAUGCUGGUGGCAUGCAUCACCACAGAAUUAACUUUGACAAAUAGUGAGUAGAGCACUUUUACCUUGUCUGGUUCCGUUUGACACUAUUCGGCAUAUUUUACAGCAAGCCUACACUGCGUUGUUUGGUGGCUUCAGUAGUAAGAAAACAUCAACGUUGUUUAAGAGAGUGAUUGUCAGAGACUCAGAGUCUCAUCUUGACAAACACCGUUGUCUUGGUGUGCUAGAGUUCUCUCAGAGUGAAGACUGGUCCUAUUCACCGACUGGCCUUCUCAUAGGCCAGUCACCCACAUGGGCAGUUACAAGUGUCAUACAUUGUUGCCAACACAUCUAUAUGUCCAAUAUAUAGUAGAUUGCUCACAUUACUGAAGGUUGUGGGAUGAAAUCAUCCCUUGUCACUUUCAUUUUGUGCAUCUGGUAAAGUUACUAUUGACAAUGCUUUACCUAUAAGGAAAUAGUCAGGUACUUACAGUGUCCUGAUGGAUUUGCUUUCCUACGGCUUCAGAUCUCAUCAGUUGAUUAGAUUGUCAUCAUGGCAAACUAUGUUAUAAAGUGGCAAUAUAACUUUUUGGGCGAUCCGACCCAAAUUCGGAUACAAAUGUGGGUUAUAGAUCUAUCAUUCGACUAAGAAGCGGUAGAUCUGUACGAUGUGCGCUAUUUCUAUGCUUCCCGUUAAGGUCUGUUUUUGUGUCUCAGUUUUGUACACCAGCUUCAAACAGUUGAAAGAACAAUAUUUUCGGUUAUGGAAAAUAUAUUUCACAGCAGUUUAGAUGGUACAAUGAUUCUCUACACUAUACUAUCUUAUUUUGUCACAUAAACUGAAAUUAGGUGCACUAUUUGUUUUAUCAGUCAGGAAAUGGCUGAGUGAUUUCUGUAUAGUGCAACUUUAAGGGUGGAUUUGGUUUACAUCUAUUAGCAUACCGUAAAUACCAUAGUAUAUAGACAAACAAAAUAAGGAUAGCAAUUCAAACUACACAGGAUCUUCUCAUCUAAACCAUAUUGCAGUGUUGUACACUUGACUAAUGCAAUUUUUUUAAUCAAAUGUGGCUAUUUUAUGAGCCUUUAAAUUUUUUAAUUUGGCCAACAGAGAAAACAUGCUGUCUACUGAUAUUAAGGUAAUUCUCGCAGGGACACGUGGUGUGGGAGAGCCGUUGUCUUUACACUGGACGACUCAGGGGGGGUGUGUGGUGCAGAUAUCUCUUUUGGCGGUAGUGUGGGAGACAUCUAGUGGUUUGACUCUAGAACCAUCUCUUUACACCAGUAUCUCUCCUGGACCUAGUUUGUGUCGUCAAUGUAGAGGCCCUAAGACUGAACUUUUACUUUCAGCUUCAUCACCAGUAUCAAUUGGUGUAACACGAUGUGCUUGAUAUCUCACCUGUCUGGUCUCCUAUGUGCCUCCACAGCCACCCGGGCUACUUUGGUAAGGUAGGUAUGAGACACUACCAUCUCAAGAGGAACACGGUGCACUGCCCCACUGUCAACCUCGACAAGCUGUGGACGCUGGUGAGCGAGCAGACCAGGCUCAACUACGCCAAGAAGCCAGAGGGCCCCGCUCCCAUCAUUGAUGCCGUGCGAGCUGUAAGUAUCUUCCCCACAGGACAGUAUGUCUGGUCCCAGAUGGAAGGUGAUGAUUCAUACAGUUAAUGGGAAACGGUUGGUGUAAUGGCUUUUUCUACAGGCCUGUUCUAACACAUCUGAUUCAGGUAAUCAUGGCCCUGGUUAGCAGCUGACCGCUACGGUGGUGUUCAGUAUGUCACACAGUGAGUGAUGCAGCCAGAGACUCAGUCUCAUCUUGACAAACACUGUUGUCUUGGUGUGCUAGAGUUCUCUCAGUGAAGACUGUUCCUAUUCACCGACUGGUCCUAGGUCAGUCGGCCACAUGGACCGUUACAAGUGUCAUACAUUGUUACAAACAAAUCAAUUGGCCAUAUAUGAAGUGAACUGAAAACUAAAAUGAGUUUUUCUUGCUGGACAUGUUCAAGUAGUCUUCAGGAGGGUUGGCCACCCCUGAUGAGGAUGUUUGUUUUUCACAAGUAGGACAAAAUAUUUUCCAUUACAAUCAGCAACAGUAAAUGGCUUUAUGAGCCCAGCACAGGGUUUACUGACCCAACCGCAGUCAUCAGCUGAAACUUAACUGGACUGUUCUAGACCCAGGUUUGAGCAGGAGCUCUUUACCUUCUGUCGGGCAGAAUAUUUAUCUUUAAAUGUAGGCAUGUGGAGAGCUUGCUUGUGUACUAGCUGGAUGUUUAACAUGAACUGCUGUAAUAAAGUCCCUAAUAAGAGCCCUAAACAGAUGACAGCCCCCUGCUGUUGAGUAACAUUUUGGCUUCUUGACCGCUAGCUCAAGGGUGUCAAUAGUUUGUUUUUAAAAUCUAGUUUGAUGUAGCCAUGCUGGCCUCGAUGGCACGGAAUCUAUUGGCGUGAAAGGAGCUGUGUUCAGUGUUUACCCUAUAUUCAUUUAGCAGUGGUGACCUAACAUAUGCUUAACAUAUGGAAUUGUUUUAAGAUGGUCAUACCAAGGAUCAUUUGGCUAUUUGAUUUUGAAUUUUAGGACCCCUGUAAGUAUAAUUUUUUUAUGAAAUGUUGAAUUUGGCGUUACUGCUAUUAGCCGAUAGAAAUGCAUUGAAUAACGUAUUCAUGCAUGGCGAAACAGAUAGUAAAAAAAUGAAUUGAAAGGAAGUUUGUUUUGAAGUGUCUGUCCUAUAUCUAAGUAAAUUAUUUGUAUUUUUACCCAUACACUAAUUUUUUCCUUCACUGAGCAAAUUUCAGAUCUGCUGAAAUUCUGCAUCUUCCAGCGCGCGUUUACUGUGAAUACUGAGGCUGUACCCGUUUUCAGUUAUUUUUAAGUGGUCAAGUAGGCUACUGUGGCUAUUUGAUCAUAAUGUAAGGCCUACCUGAGUGGCCUACCAUCAAAAACAAUGGAAAUGGCUGUUCUGUCAUUCAGCCUACAGUAGCAGCCAAUGACUCCCCUACUGCUGACUAACAAUUAUCUAUAACUGGGCUAAUAACUCACUAACUAGCAAAGGAUAUGAACAAAUGUACAAAUGUGCACAUGGCGCUACAUGUAGUUCUCGCUUUGAUCUCAGAACAAGCGCAUCUACUCACGACUGCUCAUGCUGUAAAAACAGUCCAGUUCAAAGUGAAUGGCACAGAUCCAUAUAUGGCAAUGGUCUAUUUGCAUAUAGGCCUACUGCAGCUCUGAUUGGUUAUGGUGCACCAGUCUGUGUAGAAUAUGGGCUUGAGUUGUGCCUGUCAAUGCAAUAGAAUCCUACUCUGAUGCAUUUUGCAUACAACAAAAGCUCUUGCAUAGUUAGUUUUGUUUCGGUAUGUUGCAUUGAGUGGCUAAUAUUGUGUUAAUUUGAUCACAAUUCCCACAGUAAAGGGAAACGUUGAUAGUGUUAACUAACGGGGAAAACUCUAGAAAGUUGAGUGAAGUUCAAUCUCGUGCUCAGGCUGACAUUUCUUCUGCUGGCAGUCCCGGGGGAGCUGCACACACACACACACAGCUUAGAGGGAACAUUGCACUAAAGUACUUCCAUAAAUGUAACUGGCACCGGGCUACUUUCAAAUGUGGCUUGUGGGCGUCCUAGAGCAAAACAACCAACAUGUACAGUGCCAGUCAAAAGUUUGGACACCUACUCAUUCAAGGGUUUUUCUUUAUUUUUGCUAUUUUCUACAUUGUAGAGUAAUAGUGAAGACAUCAAAACUAUGAAAUAACACAUAUAUGCAAUCAUGUAGUAACCAAAAAAGUGUUAAACAAAUCAAAAUAUAUUUGAUAUUCUUCAAAGUAGCCACGCUUUGCCUUGAUGACAGCUUCGCACACUCUUGGCAUUCAAAUAGUAAAAAUAAAGCAAAACCCUGGAAUGAGUAGGUGUGUCCAAACUUUUGACUGGUACUGUAUGUGUUUGUGAGGGUCUCACCAGGUAAGCCAGUUGAGAACAAGUUCUCAUUUACAACUGCGACCUGGCCAAGAUAAAGCAAAGCAGUGUGAUAAAAACAACAAGACAGAGUUACAUAUGGGAUAAACAAAACGUACAGUCAAUAACACAAUAGAAAAUCUAUAUACAGUGUGUGCAAAUGUAAGUUAUGGAGGUAAGGCAAUAAAUAGGCCAUAAUGCAAAAUAAUUACAAUUUAGUAUUAACACUGUAAUGGGAGAUGUGCGGAAGAUGAUGUGCAAAUAGAGAUACUGGGGUGCAAAUGAGCAAAAAUAAAUAACAAUAUGGGGAUGAGGUAGUGGGGUCAUGUUUGUGUGUAGCCCAAACUGUUCUGACGCUACAGACAGAAGUUGGCAGAUCAGCAGUACCGACUUCAGACGAGUCCCGUGACUCUUGUAUGGGUCGAAGGGCAAAACAGAGAACGCCAUAGUUUUCGUGAGUGAUCUUUCCAGAGGGGUCGUAUUAGUUUUUUAGGCCGAACUGUUCAGACACUAUAGACGUUUUCGUGAGAAGACCGAUUUUUGGGAUGUCUCCUGGUCUGUAUCUCUUUCCACCGGAGAUGCAGAAGGCUGACAUAGGCUGAUGCGGUGGAUUGAGAUGCAGCCCAUAGGCUGAUGUGGUGGAUUGAGAUGCAGCCCAUGUAAACAGACAGCUUUUGAUUGGGAUUUUGUCAUUAUGCUAAUUAUAUCUGCAGCCUAUCAAUUUGGGGUCACUCAUUUUGCAGAUUUAAAUUUGAGUGACUACAUGGCAAUGGCAUGUUAUGGAUGUGUAGUUGAUAGGACAGACUUUGUGGGAAGGUAGGCGAAUCAAUGCGAUGUGGAACUUUUUUGUUGUUGGUUAAUGUUGGUUCUGUCGGUCUCCACAGGGCUACUUCAAAGUGCUGGGAAAAGGCAAGCUUCCCAAGCAGCCCGUGAUCGUCAAGGCAAAGUUCUUCAGCCGACGGGCAGAGGAGAAGAUCAAGGCAGUGGGAGGAGCCUGUGUGCUAAUGGCAUAA